AAUUAUGUAUAGGAAAUCGAAACGAAGCAGCUGUAAAAUUGUUAAACUUUAACGAAAAAAAAUUAGUUGCCUGGAACGCAAAAUACAUUGUUCGCACGAGCGUCGUUUGUUGGUACGACAACCCGUGACGCUGGAGAAAGAUUAAUGACUGAUAAACUUCUGAAAAACUUCUCAAAUGUAUCGACGUGAAUGAUUUUGUGCGGCUCGCGUUUACGCAAUCGGAAACAGUUGAAGUGUGUGCGUAGGUUGCAGGUAAAGAGCUACAAUGUGACAUAGUUAAUGUAGGCUACAUUGUUGUUUAUGGCGAGUGUCGCGAAGAGAGAAGUAGUUUGCGCAAAAUGGAUUAGGAUUUAGUGCUACUGGCACAGAAUGAAGCGCUGGACAAGGCUCUUUGAUUUGAUUUGAUUUUUUUCUCCGGGUGUUAGUGAUAAUCCAUCAAAACAGCUAAUCUAAUCCGGUAAAGACAUGUUUCAAUAAACUUUGACCAAGUAAACCAAUCGCUGGAUAACAGAAAAAGACAGUUGAGAAAUGUGACUCUUGUUUGGUCAACCCAGUUAGCAUUUUGAAAUAAAAAGUUGAAUCAAGUAAAAUAGGGUGACUUUUACAUUGCGCAAAGUUAUCAUCAGAAGCCAGUUCAUGGUGAUUUUGGUGGAUCUGGUUUGGUUGUGCACCAUGGUACUGUUGUAGCCCACGGGGUAUGAACACAUCUCGCGAGGUAGGAAGGGAGACACGAUGGCACUUUGCCGGCAAAGGAAUCGGUGGAAGUUGAUAGUUUGCUUUUUUGGGGCUUCUAUAGUGGGAUAUUUUAUUUUUAACAGGCAUAAUACCGGUGACAUACCUGGAACAGGUCGAAGAGAGGUUCCCAUUGAGCAAGAUGUUGCGAAUGAAAUGCUUGAAAAGCCUGUUUAUGACAAACCGCCGUUGGAUUUAAAUGCCUUGGGAGAAAUGGGCAGAGCUGUCAAAUUGAACCUCGUCGGCGAGGAGAAGAAACAAGAGGAGGAAAGUAUUAAUAAACACCAGAUUAAUACCUAUGUGAGUGAUCUGAUAUCUCUCCACCGCAGUCUACCUGAACAAUGGAAUCCUCUUUGUAAGGACCUGAAGUAUGACUAUAGGUCAUUGCCAUCCACCACAGUGGUGAUCGCCUUCUACAAUGAGGCCUGGUCAACGCUGCUACGCACUGUCCACAGUGUCCUGGAGACCUCACCCGACAUACUGCUACGAGAGGUGGUGCUGGUGGACGACUAUAGUGACAGAGCUCAUUUGAAGGAGCCGUUAGAAAACUACAUCUCCAGCUUGAAGAAGGUGCAUCUGAUCCGGGCCAGGAAGAGGGAGGGCCUGGUGCGGGCCAGGCUCCUGGGGGCCUCCAUUGCCACGGGCGACGUGCUGACCUUCCUGGACUGCCACUGUGAAUGCCACAAGGGCUGGCUGGAGCCCCUGCUCGACAGGAUUAAGGAGGAGCCGUCAGCUGUGGUGUGUCCCGUCAUUGAUGUCAUCGACUGGAACACCUUCCAGUAUCUAGGCAACCCCGGGGAACCCCAGAUCGGAGGGUUUGAUUGGCGGCUGGUCUUCACCUGGCACUCGGUGCCAGAGUACGAGCAGAAACGCAGGCGCUCUGCCAUCGAUGUCAUCAGGUCUCCUACUAUGGCUGGUGGGCUGUUUGCUGUCAGUAAGAACUAUUUCCAUUACCUGGGCACGUAUGACACAGGCAUGGAGGUGUGGGGAGGAGAGAACCUAGAGUUCUCAUUUAGGAUCUGGCAGUGCGGGGGAAGCCUGGAGGUCCACCCCUGCUCCCACGUGGGCCACGUCUUCCCCAAGAAGGCCCCCUAUUCGCGGAGUAAGGCCCUGGCCAACAGCGUGCGUGCUGCCGAGGUCUGGAUGGACGAGUACAAGGAGUUGUACUACCACCGUAACCCCCACGCACGCCUGGAGGCCUUUGGGGACGUGACAGACAGGAGGAGGCUCAGGACCCAGCUGGGAUGUAAGGACUUCAAGUGGUACCUGGAGAACAUCUAUCCUGAUAUCCAUGUCCCUGAGGAUAGGCCUGGGAUGUUUGGAAUGCUGAAGAACAGAGGCAUGUCCAACUACUGCUUUGACUACAACCCUCCUGACGACCAUAACCUGAUGGGCCACCGGAUCAUCCUCUACCCCUGUCAUGGCAUGGGACAAAACCAGUUCUUUGAGUACUCCAGUGAGAGUAGCGAGAUCCGCUAUAACACCAGGGAGCCAGCAGGGUGCGCUGUGGGGGAUGCAGUCUCCACCUACCUGACCGUGCACCUGUGCAGGAAACCCCGGCAGCCUGUACCAGAGGACCAGAAGUUUGUCCUCAGAGAGGACGACAGCCUCUACCACGUGAUGACCCAGAAGUGUGUCCAGGCCGUGGACAAGACAGACAACGACAGCCCUGCCCCCGCCCUGCGGCCCUGCUCAGACCACGCCAACCAGAAGUGGUUUUUUGAGGAGAGGGGUUCAUAGUGGAGCGGGCCAGCUGAAAUCCCUGGGGUGAAGGGUCAACCACACUCUUAACCCUGGGGUAGAGGGCUGGAGGGCCCCCAAUACUCAGGUCCAGCGUCCUUAUGCUGUGGAGAUGGCCUGGGUCAUAUUCACUAGAAACAAAACAGAAGAAAAUGGUCUGAAACGGGGAGGUUCUAUCUGAAGUAGUCCAAUAGGAAUCAUUCCGUUUUCUGUUGCACACCGUUUUGACCUAAUGAAUAUGACCCUGGUCAGGCUAAACGUUAUCUCACCUCCUGUAUCUAUGCACAACCGUGUGCUUGCUGGACAACGUUGACAUUUUCGUAUUUGAUUAUUUGAUAUUAACGCAUACCACAUAUCUACUUCUCAAAUCUUUUUUUGUGGCAAUUUUUAAAAAUCUGGGAGACGGAGGAGGUUGGGAAUGGACUGGGAUAUUUGUGACACAUUUUUAAAUCCAGGGUAUAGUGUGGGAUUUAAUGACAUGCUGGCAUUGUACUUGGCAUUGUGCUUGUUUUUCCUUGGUUAAGGAAGAGGGGUGAAACCAAGGUGCAUUCCACCUAUCUGUUCAUCUGACUGAAGCCACACCUGCUUUUUAUUCUCACGUUCUUUCUCUGGAACACGGGACCACUUAGCAGCUGGUAGUGGAUGUUUUUGGCAUUGCAUUGAUCUUGACAGACACUUAUGUACUUGCAUUACAUUAUAGCUGUAAAUCUCAGACUCAACCUCUAGAGAGAGCCAAAGCUUCCAUCUUGUGUGCUGAUUUAUUUCACUCCAUCCAGCAUGUUCUCAGUGAUGUGAUGCGAGUUGUACAUUAUUCAGGUAUUUUUGGGAGCAAGUUCUUUGUUUUAUACGUGUUUAUUUUUAUUUUUUAUAAGUGCUAACUACUCUAACCAGUCCCUCCAGGAUUUUGUGGGGUUUUUUUGUGUGAUAUUUGCGGGGAAAAAAUCUUGCAAGGCAGUAUGCAACGAUUUUGUUCAAUUUGUUGACGUGUAGCUUGAUUGUACAGCUUAAAUGUACAGUGAUUGGUUAACAUUUUUGUACUGCCGUGAUGGAUCAGUUUUAUGCGAUAAUAUUGAAUUAUUUAUGCAGAAAUAGUGUGGUGAUUGGUCAAAUUUGCAAGCCCUCGCAUAAUAUGUGGGAUCACAGAAUCCUGGAGGGACUGUUUAACAUUCGAUUGGCUCAGCUCAUAGGCUUAUGACAACACGCAGUACCUCUUUAUCCACUCGACUACUGAUCGUAGGAGAAAUUCCACUCCAGUCUUUAGUUGUGUUCAUUCAUAACUUUGAUGUCAGCACUCCCAAUUGAAACUUUUCUGAAAGAAGGAAUACUUUAAUGUUUUUUGGUCUAACAUACGUCUUGUCAAUGCAAUCAAAUCCUAGUGAGAUUGUUAUUUUCCUAAUCGAGUGAAGCUACUAAGACUAAACGUAGCUACAGUUGAAGUCGGAAGUUUACAUACACCUUAGCCAAAUACAUUUAAACUCAGUUUUUCACAAUUCCU